AUGGAUUCGUCCGGUGGUGGGGUGAUGGAGCGUGGCAUGUGUUCGCUCGAGUUCCUGGCUUCGACUUUCGAAGUUCUGCAAUCACCUGGAUCAUCGCCGUUCGUCGUUAUCAACUGUCUUGUUGAUAGGACUUGCGUGCUGAAGAUGUCAUGUAGUAGUGGUGAGCAAUCCGACAAAGAGUGUCCACUUUGUAUGGAACAGCUCGAAAUCGAUGACCUAGAUUUUUAUCCAUGUAAAUGCGAGUAUCAGAUUUGUAGGUUUUGCUGGCAUCGUUUGCUUACGGACGAGAAUGGCCUUUGUCCUGCAUGUAGGCAACCGUAUCCUGAAGAUCCUGUUACGUUUAAGCCCUUGUCUUGCGCGGACGUUCAACGGAUCAAGGAUGAGAAGCGGUUGAAACAACAGGCGGAAAGACUGCGUAUUUCAGAGUCACGUAAUCACCUCGCUAAUUACAGAGUUUUACAGAAGAAUCUGGUGUAUGUAGUGGGCCUGUCACCACGAGUGGCUGAUCCAGAUAUAUUGCGGAAACCUGAAUAUUUUGGCAGGUUUGGCAAAAUACUGAAGGUCGUGGUUGGGACGGCACCAACAGCUAAUAACUUACAUGCACAACCUAGUCAUACUGCUUAUGUGACGUAUAGCAAGGUUGAAGAAGCUUUGAAAGCCAUACAAGCUGUUUGUAAUGCGCAAUUGGAUGGUCGAAUUGUGAAGGCCUCGUUAGGUACCACAAAAUAUUGCUCUUCUUUCUUGCGGAGUCAAAAGUGUUUUAAGCCGGAGUGUAUGUACUUGCAUGAAAUAGCCGAUAGUGAUAUCAGUUUUACGAAGGAAGAUAUGCACAUGGGAAAACAUGCCGAAUAUGAGCGGAAGUACGUUAUUCGCUGUUUUUUCUCGAGUAUUCGUACGUCAGUACGCAGUUUACCCAACAUGGGAAAGGUGAUUUCUGUUGAAUACAAGCUAUUAUGUGGAAAUGAAGACAGCGGUGCGGGUAUGAUUCCGGCGCUUGCACCUGUAAGAGAGGCACCGGCUCCUCUAGUCAAUUGGCAAACACUUUUGGGUCUUUCACCUCAAAAUGCGACAAGUAACACAACAUCAUAUGCACCAUCCACGCUUCAUUCGUCUACAGCUCCGCAAAAAACACUGAUAGCAACACCACCGCCACCAGGUAUUGGAGGGUUCACUUCGGAUGACGAUCUUGGUUUCGAUCCGUUCAAUGAAUCGUCGAAAGGUCUUGCAAGAUUACUGGAGGAGGAGAAGACCAAACAGCCGUCGGUCACAUCUAAUAUGAAUCAUCAUACAGCACAACAACAACUGCAGCAGCACCAAGAACAACAUCAGCAAGAAAGCUUCGUUCUGGGGGAUUUGUGGAGUCGACCUUCGUCAUUGUUCGCUUCCGCGAACACAGUCCAGCCUCACUCAUCGCAUCUGGAUAUGUUUACUGGUUUGAUGAGUGCGCAGCAAUCGCAACAACACCAACAGCAGAUUCAGCAGCAGUUGCAUCAUCAGCUGAAUCACCACCACACACAUCACCACCAUCAAACGCACCACCAGCAUCCACCACAUCGACAGCAACAAUAUGAUCCUUAUUGUGCUCCUCCGCCCGGUCUCACACCUCCGCAGCGUUCUAAUGUGUCUUCUCAAUCUAUUUCGGAUUGGCAAGAAGGUCUAAAAGCGCUACUUCCGAACGUGAAUGUGCGUUUCGUGAGCGAUCUUGAAGGUGGUGGUCAUAACGGCAGCAAUUUACACCAUUUGCAUCAGCCACAGACAGCACAGCACUUGUCAGCUGGCACGAGAUGGCUACCAUCAGCCUUUGGACUCGAUGCUAACGGACGCAUUGCACCACAUCACAUGGUACAGCACACAGUACCGCCACCGCCCGGUUUUCCAGUGCCGAACCGAUGA